AUGGGGAGUAUCAGACGCAUCAAGACUAAACGUCGCACCCGCGAUCUUGAUCAAGUCAAAGCCGAUCUGAAAUCUCCCAGACAUCUUGCUCAACACAAAGGCCUCAAGGCCGCCGAAGAUCUGCCCGGACUGGGUGCCUUCUAUUGUACCGAAUGCGCCAAAUAUUUCUCAGACAGCCACAAUUUGAACGAGCAUAGAAGAGGGAAGAACCAUAAGAGACGUGUUCGAAUGCUGAAGGAAGAGGCACACACUCAGAGAACUGCAGAUGCAGCCGUCGGCUUGGGAACAGACAAGCGUCGCUCCCACGCUCCAGAAGAUGAUCCGGUUAACGAGGCCAUGAAAGAUGUCGAGCGUUGA